AUGACUACUCAGACUCAACAGCAAACUGCCCCCGACUCCGGUCAGAUUCAAGCUGGCCACAACGGACAGUUUACCCAUAACAACCGUAGUGCAUACGGACCAAGCCAUCAGCAAGGCAACCGCCCUGACCUGGCUUCACUUUUUAGUGGUAUGAACAUCCAGAACCAAGGCCCCGGUGGCAAGUACAAUACCCUCAAGGGAGGCUUGCCAGUUGCCAUGCCUCCUCCUUUGGAGCUCUCCGGGCCUCGUUCCUACAACAACCAGCUUGUCCUUCUGCCCAAUGGUAGUGUUUUCCCAGGAAUGCCUCCCGUCUCUCCAGUCUCCCCAUACUCCCAAUCUGCGAUUCCUGGACAUGAUCAGGUGGGCCAAAUCCCGUAUAUGCCGAACGCCAUGUAUCCAGGCCUCGCACCUGGUUGCAUCCCGGCGCCUAUGCAAGGCUACCCCUUCCCUUAUCCUCUGAUGAACUGCGACAUGCAGGAUCCAACUGGUCAUAAACGAAACCACUGGAUGGCUAACGAUGACCAGAAGGCAGCAGGCCACUCAAUGUCUGAUGGUGGCACCCAAAGUGACUAUUAUGGUGCUAUGACCAACCUCGAUAGUUCUGGAUUUUCGAACUAUACGAUGAACAAUCUUCCCCAGGGAGGGCAGGCCAACUUGCAAUUCCAGAUGAUGAAGACACCUACUGGAUACAUCCUGCAGGAUCUCGAGAGCCUGGUCCAGCAGGAGCCUGCAAUUCCCCGAGCUGUUCCUGCUAUGUGGACCAAUCCCACUGACCUCACCCUUGCCAAGUGCCUGGAGAAUCGCGAGGGGAUAACCAAUGUCUACAUCCGAGGCUUCCUUCCGGAGACCACUGACGAGAUGUUGCAUGCUUACGCCGGCCGCUUCGGUAAGAUUGACCGUUGUAAGGCAAUUGUGGACUUGGAUACUGGUCUUUGCAAAGGCUUUGGAUUUGUCCAGUACUAUAAUUUCGAGUCUUGUGAGAAUUGCAUUCGAGGAUUUUUCUACCUUGGCUACCAAGCCAGCUUUGCCCAGAAAUCUCGCAACUCGCGCCUAAAGGAUCUUGAGGAUAGGUCGUCCACCAACAUCUACUGCACCAACAUUCCAAUUGAUUGGACCGAGGCCGACCUUCGUCGCCACUUUGAGCCGUACCGUGUAGUCUCGGAAAAGAUCAGCCGUGACGAAAAAACCGGGGUUAGCAAGGAGGUUGGCUUUGCACGUUUUGAAACGCGCGAAAUCGCUGAACAAGUCCUAUGCGAGUACCAUAAUGUGGUCGCAGAGGAUGAGGUUAAACUACUCCUUCGAUUCGCCGAUACUAAGGCCCAGAAGCUUCUCAAGCAGCAAAGCAACGAGCGUCGCGCGUAUCGUGCUGGAGAGUACAAUUAUUCCGUUGAGGUUGUUCAAGGGUCGACUCCAUCUCCAUCCAUCCAUCGCCUCCAGCAGGCUGUUUCACACAUCAGCCCUAGCUCUCAAGUUAGCUAUGUGUCUCCAGUUGGAGUCGGCUCUAGUUGGACCCCAGCAACAUCUAUUUCUCCAUCCAGGGUUCCCUUGUCGAAGAAUCCAGCGGGGAACAUGCGGUUCAACUCGUGGUCUUCCAAGAACAGUCCCGCGCCUGGUGAAAACACCCCUAUGUACCGUGGCCGACUUGGCUUUUCCAAUCGUCACAAUUGGACUGAUAACGCAUCUGGCGGUUCUUCCAAGACUGCUCUCCCAAGCACCCCUUGUGCCGAACCUCGUUCAGAGAGGUCUAGCCCCCAUAAGGAGAACGUCAAGGCUGGAUCCUUGUCCCCCAUGUCGUCGCGCAGGGAGAUCAUCGUGAACUCUCCGCGAUCCGUGAUGUAG